UACUGAUUUUAAUCUAGCUCUGUCUGUUUACUAUUUAAAAAAAAAUUCCAAUGCACCCCUGGAAAAAUUUAGCGCAAGCGUACUGUGAGUCCCAACAUCUCUAUAUCAAACUCUCAUCCCUCGGUGUGCUCUUAUCAAUUCAGUAGCGUCCGCUUCGUAAAAAUGAUACGUCGUUUAGAUAUUAAAGUACGCCGGUAUAUUAAUUUUCCACCGAAUUCAAGUACUCAUUUUAUUUUACUGUUGUCGUUAUAAUAAUUAUUCAAAUGUGAUGAACUGUACAAUUAAAUCAACACAAUUAUUUUUUCUUAUUGUGUACACACUUUAGACCCAAGGUGCUAUCGAUUUCGUUAUCUAGACAUUUAAAUAAAAACAAAUGUUUCAAAUAUGUUAGCAACUCUAAUUAUCAUUAAUUAAAUUAUUACAAGUGCAAAUAUAUAUUUUUAUUGAUAUAUUUAUCUGUUUUCUAUCGCUGAAACAAUAAGUGUUUUUUUCCUUAAUUAAUUAUUGUCGGAAAUAAAAACACGAGUUAAAGAUAAUUGUCGGAAUGUUGUAUGAAAUGCUGAUCACAUUCAUAAACAAGUGAUCAAUUUCCACUGGAAAUUAUGAUACUAAAUAACUUGUCGAUUGAGUUUUUAUAAUGAAAUUACAUUUAAAGUAAUUUGUAUCAAUGAAUAAUGAAUACUGAUGAUAAUAACAAAAAUAUAUAAAUAUUUGUAUGAUGAAAUGAUGGAACUACGCAGAACUUCAUGGGCUAAAAAAUUAAUUUUGAUUAUAAGCUUUAUAAUAAUACUACUGUGGAUUAUUUUUAAUGAUACAUUUUGUGCCUUUGGUGGUCUAUCACGGAGAAUAGUAUUGAACAGAAUAAGAUUAGCGGCACAUAUCCAUAUAGAAAGAGCAUCUGCUGUGAGAGAAGUUAAAGUUGAAGAAAUUCCACUUGAUAGUUUCAUUAAUUUAGAUGUUAAUGCGACAAAAGUUCAAGUUGUGUCUUUGUUGUCUAACAAUAAGACGUUAUUGAAAGAUAGUACGGUAGAUGUGUCACCCAAGUACAAAAUAUUGCGUCAACAAGGUCUGAUACCUAGUAGACAAUUGCCGAGUGCUUUGAUAAUUGGCGUUAAAAAAGGCGGCACGAGAGCACUCUUAGAGUUUUUAAGACUUCAUCCGGAUAUUCGGGCUGCUGGAUCGGAAAUACAUUUUUUUGAUCAUCACUAUUCUAAGGGAUUUCAUUGGUAUAGACACCGAAUGCCACCGACAUUAGAAGGUCAGUUGACAAUGGAAAAAACACCAUCGUAUUUCGUAACACCAGAAGUCCCAAGAAGAGUACAGCAUAUGAAUCCGGGUACAAAGCUGAUAGUUGUUGUCCGUGAUCCAGUAACACGUGCAAUAUCUGAUUAUACCCAAGUAAAAAGUAAACGUCCAGAAUUACCUAAAUUUGAAGAACGUGCCUUUAUAAACGGUUCAAAUAUAGUCGAUACUAAUUGGGCGCCAUUAAGAAUAGGAGUUUAUGCACGAUAUUUAGAACGUUGGCUCCAAUAUUUUCCAUUGUCUCAGUUACUAUUCGUAUCUGGUGAACGUUUGAUUGCUGACCCAGUUAUUGAAAUAACAAGAGUUCAAGAUUUUCUCGGGCUCAAGCGUGUGAUAUCGGAAAAACACUUUUAUUUUAAUGCUACCAAAGGUUUUCCAUGUUUGAUGAAAUCUGAACAAAAAGCUAUUCCUCACUGUCUCGGUAAAACUAAAGGACGUAGUCAUCCGUACAUCAAUCCUGUGGCAAUUCAACGUUUGAAAAAUUUCUACCGACCAUUCAAUCAACGUUUCUAUCAAUUGACUCGUAUGGAUUUCGGUUGGUCAUAAAUUUAUUUUAAAGACUAAUUAAAACAUAUCUAUUAAUUAAUCAAAAUUAAUACUAAAUAAUGUCAAUUCUUGUGAUCGAAGUCAAUUGGUUUAAAUUUUGUAAAACAUUCACUCAACAUUAAUUACUAUCUAUAUUAAAAAAUACAAUAGCUUAAAAGCUACAAAUUAGAAUAGUAAUUAAUUUAAAACUAAUUAAUAUAAGUAUAUUAAUUAAUUAUAGUUAUAAUUGUAAAACUGCACGAUUUUGCUCAAUACCAAGAUAAAUGCUAACAACAGAGAUUUAAUGUAAAUAUAUACUAGUUAAUAAAUAAAAAUAUUUGUACGAUAUAAAUUUAAAUUGGCAUUUACUUUACAAUAAUUCCUAUUCUGUGCAAUUAAAAUUUUUUAAAAUAUAUAUAUACAUAAAUAUUGUGUAUAAAUAUAUAUUUUUAUUAACAAUGCUUGUAUACAUAAACUUUAAAAUUUAAUAGAUAAUUUUUUUUAUUGGAAUAUUUAAAAAAAAAAUUAUCACAGUAUUUCCCAAACAUUAUUGCUGACCGUGCGCUUAUAAAAUAAUAUACAAUACUCUGGGUAUAAUGUAUGAUUAAUUAAAUCAAUAAUAUAUAUAAUCAUUUGAAUAAUUAUAAAUUAAUUGGGUUAAUCUAUUAACAUAAUUAAGUAGCAUGCAAAAAGUGGAGUUUGAUUAGUUUAAUACUUUGAUAAUUACGCGAUGAAAUAAAUAAUUUUAACGAAUUACAUUUUUAAAUUUUUUCUAAUACUUAAAAUAUUAAUUAAAAGUUAAGAUUUGAUAAAAAAUACUUAGACACAUACUAUUUUUAUACAAUAAACACUUGUUGCGCUUAUUUGCAAUUUAAAUAUUUCAGUAAAUGCUUUAUCUUAAAAAAUAUAUAUUCUUUUUUUAAUACUCUAAUACUUUUUAUCUUAAGGCCAUUCUCAGACACUGCCCACUAUUUUUUGAAAAUUUUCAAUUACUUUAAAUUGC